AUGAAAGCUAGCAUACAUCAGAAUUCAAAGAUUGCUAUGAGCGUAGGAGAUUUUAAUGUAAACAAUAAUGACCUUCAUAGAAUAGAAAAAUUAACAAAUUUUAGAAUUACUUAGAAACUUUGUUCUAGAUUACUCAAAUAUUGAAUUAUUUAAAAGUUUAAUACUUGAAGAUUGUAAUCCUGAAACCACGUUCGCUCUUUAUUCAAUAAUCUAAAAAAGUCUUAUAAAUGGUGAUCAUUUUACAAAUUUGCCUCAUCAAAAAGUAAGUACAGAGUACUUUUAUAACGAAUAUGAUCAUCGACUAAAUAUUACAGAAAUUUGUACAAAACAUAUUGAUAUUGCUUUAAUUUAUUUGCAAUAAUCUCAUAAUCAUCCAAAUUAUGUAUACAACUAAGUAAUUUUUACAAUUGCACUUUUAAUGAGAAAAAAUUGGGUAGAGAUUUUCAAAAUUGAAGAUAUUAUAAGUUAAAUUAUAAAUAGCACUAUUUAAACAAAUAAAAUAGUCUUUUUUAAAAUAUUUGAAAAUCUUAUAAGUUGUAUUAGAUAAUAUUCAUAUGCAAGUGGUUAUAUUGAAUUUAGAAAAAUACUUAAUAAUUUUUAAAUGUAAUUCUAUCAUUAUAUUUUAGGCUAUCUUUAUAGAGAAUAUUAAAUGCAAUUCAUUAAUAAAUUUAACAAUUAUAAGGAUAAUCUUUACUUUAAUUAUAUACAUAAAAUAAAACAAUGGUAGAAUCCUUUAUUAACUUAUUAUAUUAAUUGAUGAAUUUGAAUUUUAAUUUAAGUUAUUAUGAAAUUGAUAUAGAUAAUGAUGGAAAGGAUACUUCCUAAUUAACUAAUGUAUUUAAGGCAAUUUAAUUCUUAGUUUCCAGAUUAUUAUUUAGACUUGAUUAUAGACCCUACUUUUUAGAAAGAACUAUUUUAAGAUACCAUUGGAUUCAUAAAUAUUGAUCAAAAUCUAUCUCUAUAAUGUAUAAACAUGCUUUAAAGGAUUGCUUGUGUGAGAUUAUCAAUAUUUCAUAAUAAGAAAUGUAAAGGAGAAUUUAGAAGAAUAAUGUGGGAAGGAUUACUCUAUUUAUAUUAAAACUAAGAUUAAUUUAUAAAUUAUGCAGAAUUUUCAUCUGAAAUACAUUCCUUAGCAGUAAGGAUUAUAAAUAAUUUAACAUUAAGAAAAAUAGUAAAAUUUUAGUAUUUAUUUGAUAAUUUCUUUUAAUUGAUAUAAUAAGUUUACAAAAAAACAGUAUAAAUAUAUGGAGUUAAAAUUAUGUUAAAUAGUCCAAUAAUUAAAUUAUAAGAACUUUGGAAUUAAAUUAGUUAUUAAGGAUCAUUACAUUUACCUUUAAAUGAUGAUUUUAAUGUAAAAAUAAAUAAUGUUAUGUAAAUUCAAUUAAUUUUGGUAUUGAAAACAUUUUUUUAAUAAAAUCAAUUUACAGAAAUUCCAUAAGAAUGUAGUGUUAAGAAAUUUAAAAAAUUAUUGGAUUUAACCUUUAUGCCUUUUCAUUGUUUAUUUAAAUCCCAUAUCUAAGAUAAUAUUAAUCUCAUUUUAUAAAUGAUUGAAUAAUUAAGAGGAGAUAAUGAAUGUAUUAAUCAAAUUAAUUAUUAAUAGAUUAAUGUGCAGCUGUAAUAAGUCUAACUAUAGUAUUUUUAUUACAUACAUCAAAUACUGAGAUUUUAAAUUUAGGAUUCGAAAGCUAUAAUUUUGGAUAAAAAGAAGAACCUAAACCUAAUCUUGAUGGUUAAUCAUAUAUUCUUAAAUUUAUUGUGGAACUUAUAAUGAAUUAAUAAGUUUAAAGGAAUACUAGAAUUUUAAAAAUUUCUAUCUUAUCCUUUAUUGAAAGUUUUAUUACUACAACAAUUGACUCUUUUUGUUAUGAUUAAGAAACAAAAACAUUCAAAAAUCUUUCUUAAAUAUAUUCCCAAUUGAUACGUGUUGAUCAAAGAUAUCAAAAUUAUGUAUUAGUAUUAGAGACUAUGUUGGAUGAAUGGUAAUCUUUUAUCAUAUUUAUUUUAGUUUCUAAAUAUUUACAAGUGGUGAUCCUUAUUUAAUAGAAUUCAGUCUUAAAUUAAUUGAAUUUAUAUAUUAGAAAGUAAAAAAAUAUAUUCCAAGAAAAGUAUUCAAGGUUUGCACAAUUACAGAAAUGUUGAAAUAGUUCUUCUUAUAAUUAAAUAUAACUUGUUUAAAUACACCUUAAUAUAUAAAGAAGAGAGCUGUAGUCUUUAAAAUUAUAACUAUUGUUUGGGUAGAUGAUUGUUCUGAUGAUUAUCUUAAUUCACUUGUUGAUAUUUAUAACCAAAUUAAAUAAAGCAUAUUGAUAGAAAUGAAUAAAGUUAAUAUACUAAAAUAUGUUUGGGAUCUUAUUGGAAUUGCUUCAGAAAUAGAUGUUGAUAAUAUUUAUAGAGCAUUCUUAAGAAUAAUGUAUUAAAAUAAUAUGAUAUCAAUUAGAUAUCCAGAUCUUGCAAAUCUAUUGACUUAAGAAAAUAUUGAAUUAUUUGCUAAAGACUAUGAUUCUUCCAUUGCUAUCAUUACAUUAUUCAAAGCUAUUUUUUAUAAUAAGUAUUAGUUUAUAUCAAUUAUAUUAGAAAUACUAGAUUAUCAACAGAGAAUAUUUAAUUAAUUUUAUAUCAAAUUUAUGGUAAAGCUAUGAAAUUCUUUAUAAUUCUUAUUUAAUAAUAAAUUUAAACAGCAAAAACUUAAUAAAAAAUAUCUGAUUUGUAAUUGAAAUAAGUAUCUAAACUUUUAGCACUUAUGAGUCAAAUAUCUGGAUAAAAGAAAAUUAAUUAAGGAUUUUUUAUUAUUUACAAUGAUUAAUGUUUUCUAGAACUUUAUAAUUUAUAGAUAUAACUCAUUUUAAUAUAUAGACAAUUACUUUAACAUAUUCCAAAAUACAAAAAAAUAUUAUAUGAAUGUUUUGAUUGUAUAUGUUAAGAUCAUUCAGAAACUUUAGCUUAUAAGUGUGAUUUGAAUUCUUAUCUUGAUAUUUUCCUUAUAUGUAAAGAAUCAUUAAAAGAAAUUAUUUAUGAUAAUUAAGGAGAGGAUACUAUAAAUGAAAAUUGUGCUACACUUAUAUUAAUUGGAACCUUACUAAGCAAUAUAUCAACAUUUUUAAUUUAAGAAGCUUCUGUUGGAGAUAUAAAUGAUUUAUAAAUGAUAAAAAAUAAAAUAAAUGGAAUUAAUUUAUAGGGGAAAUAAAUACUAUAUGAUAUAUUUAAUUUGAGUUGCUAAAUUACAUUAAUAUAUCCAAAAAAUUCAAAAAUUAUAUUUGCAAUUCCAGAAAUCUUAUAUGCCAUUUCAAUAUUCAAUCCAAAAGAUGUAAUCACAAUUUUUGAUAUUUUAGUUUGAAACACUUCUCAUAACAAUGGUAACCAAUUAAAUAGGAAUUACAUCAAAUCCUAUAAUUGAUCAAAUAAGUUUAGCUUUUAAGAAUCUUUAAGGAGAAUUAUAAAUUUCAAACAAAGAAGAUUUUGUAAGAAAAAUUAAAGUAGUUUUAGAAAUGUAUAAAUGA